AGGCUGGACUCCCCCAUCACACACGCGGACUAGGAGAAAGCUGCUUCUUUCUUUGCACAGCGCUCUCACUCAUUGAGCAGUGCGCACACGCAGGAGCGACGCGCAUGUGAACGCAGGCAUCAGCUCAGUCUGCAGGAGAGCGGCUCGCGCGCGCUGUUCUCCCCAGAAGAGGAGAGUUUGUCUGCUUUUGUGCUUCAGCAGCUGAUGAUCGAUCAUGCCGGACCUGUGAGGACCAGGGUUGCAGCUGCAGAAGAUGGGCUCCAGACGGAUCCAGACCAAAGGAAUUCUCCUCUCCACGGCGCCGCUCGGGGUUCUGCUCUUGGCCGCGCUCCUGCACAGCACCGCCGCCAAGACGCUCAAAUACAAAGUUUACGAGGAGCAGAGAGUGGGCACGAUCAUCGGCCGAUUAAAGGAGGAUGUUGAGGGGAUUUUAUCCAAGCUGCCGACUUCUCUGAGCUUUCGGUUCCGCGCCAUGCAGCGGGGCAGCGCGCCGCUGCUGACGGUCCGGGAGGAGGACGGGGAGAUCAGCAUCGGCGCCAAGAUCGACCGCGAGAAGCUUUGUGAGAAAAACUCCAACUGCUCCAUUGAGUUCGAUGUGGUGACGCUGCCGACGGAGUACCUGCAGCUGUUCCAUGUGGAGGUGGAGGUCCUGGACAUCAACGAUAACUCUCCGCACUUCUCCCGCGCCAUCGUCCCCAUCGAGAUUUCCGAGAGCGCGUCUGUGGGGACGCGCGUCCCGCUGGACGGGGCCGUGGACGCGGACGUGGGGGAGAACUCCCUACACACCUACUCCCUCACCCCCAAUAACUUCUUUAAGAUCGACGUGAGGACCAGAACGGAUGGGGCCAAGUACGCGGAGCUGGUGGUGAUGAGGGAACUGGACCGGGAGGUGCAGUCCAGCUACCAGCUGCAGCUCACCGCUUCAGAUAACGGAGUUCCCCCCAAGUCCGGGUCCACUCUGCUCAAGAUCAGCAUCUCAGACUCCAACGACAACAGCCCAGCCUUUGAAGAGCAGGCAUAUGUUAUCCAUUUGCAGGAAAACUCGCCCCUUGGGACGCUCAUCAUUGAUUUAAAUGCCACAGACCCAGAUGAGGGCACUAAUGGUAAAAUAGUCUACUCUUUCAGCAGCCACGUCCCACCUAAGAUCUUAGAAACAUUUAAGAUAAACCCAGAAAACGGACACAUUACACUCAUCAAGAGAGUGGAUUAUGAAGCCACGGCCUCUUACGAGCUGGAUGUUCAGGCUCAGGACCUCGGCCCCAACUCUAUACCUGGACUUUGCAAGAUUGUGGUGAAAGUGGUGGACGUGAACGACAACAAGCCGGAGAUAAACAUCAAUCUGAUGACUCAAGGCAAGGAGGAAGUGGCUUACAUCUCAGAAGGGGCCCCUGUGGACACAUUCAUAGCUCUGGUACGUGCUGAUGACAAUGACGCAGGCCUCAAUGGAGAGGUGGUGUGUAGACUGCACGGCCACGGCCACUUCAGGCUCCAGAAGACCCACGAGAAGAACUACAUGAUCCUCACCAAUGUCUCUCUGGACCGAGAAAAGAGGUCCGAGUACAGCCUGACGGUCAUAGCCGAGGACCGCGGUUCCCCCAGCCUCUCUACCAUCAAACACUUCACUGUUCAGGUGUUGGAUGAAAAUGAUAAUCCUCCACAUUUUGAGAAAACCCGAUAUGAGGUCUUUAAGUCUGAAAACAACUCUCCUGGAGCCUACCUUAUGACCGUGGUGGCCACAGAUCCGGAUUUGGGGACAAACGGUCAGGUCACCUACACCGUUGUUGACACUCAGGUCCAAGGGAGCCCCAUUUCUACCUACGUCACCAUUGACCCUUCCAAUGGUGCCAUCUAUGCUUUACGCAGCUUUGACUAUGAAGACGUCAGCCGGAUAGCCUUUACUGUCCAGGCCCGAGAUGGGGGGAACCCGCCACUGUCAGCCAACACCACUGUUCUGCUCACGGUUCUGGAUGAAAACGACAACCCGCCCAUCAUUCACUCCCCUUCUCUUCGGAAUCACACAGCUGAACUUUCUGUGUGGAAGUACGCAUCGCCGGGUCAGCUGGUCACGGCGUUUAAAGUCACAGACCGAGACUCCGGUGCCAAUGGAGAGAUGAGCUGUGCCAUCGUUGGCGGCAAUGAGGAUGGACUCUUUGUGAUGGAUGCUCGCCGUUGUGAGCUCAGAACCAACGCUAGCCUGGAGCAGGCUCCACGGGACAUGAUGGAGAUUAGAGUGGAGGUGCAGGACAGGGGCACCAGCAGAUUAACAACAGGAGCCCUACUCAGGCUCUCCCUACAGGAGAACAUGGACAUCCUCCCCUCCCUCUACCCCACCGGAUCCGGCCAGGCCUCCAUGGAUCUCUCCCUCAUUGUCAUAAUUUCUCUCGGUGCUGUUUGCGCUCUUCUACUCAUCGUCAUGGUGAUGUUCGCUACUGCUCGCUGCAGCCGCGAAAAGAAAGACCCCAGGCACAACUAUAACUGCCGUGUGGCAGAGAGCAGCUACCAAAACCACCCCAAGAAGCCUGCCAGGCAGAUUCACAAGGCAGACAUCACCCUGGUCCCCACCAUCAAUGGCACCCUACCGGUCCGAUCUCACCCACACUCCCCCCUGCCUUCCCCCACACCUGAGAGAGGCACUUUGGGGAGCAGACAGAGCCACCAUAGCAGGCAGUCGCUCAACAGUCUGGUCACCAUCUCCUCCAAUCAUGUGCCAGAGAACUUUGCUCUGGAGCUGGCUCACGCCACGCCUCCCGUGGAGCAAGUUUCACAGCUUCUGUCCAUGCUCCAUCAGGGCCAGUACCAGCCAAGACCAAGUUUCAGAGGCAACAAAUACACGCGGAGCUACAGAUACGCGCUGAAUGAGAUGGACAAGUUCAGCCUGAAGGACAGCGGCCGCGGAGACAGUGAAGCAGGGGACAGUGACUACGACCCAGGCAGGGAGUCGCCUAUGGAUAGGCUCCUUGGUGAGGGCUUUACUGAGCUAUGUUCUCCCAGUGGGCAGCACAGACCGCAUGCAGCGAUGCGACUUUGCACAGAGGAGUGUCGGGUUCUGGGUCACUCAGACCAAUGCUGGAUGCCCCCCCUGGCUGCCCCGGGCUUGUCCUCCGCCGACUACAGAAGCAACCUCUACAUCCCCGGGGAAGAAGCCCACCCAGCUGCUGACAUCGCUCAGGAAAAGAUCUCCCAGCCCUGCACGGACACCUGUCCAGCCCGGAACCAGAGCUUCUCCACCUUUGGUAAAGACUUUGGUGGAGAGGACGGUGAAGAGGAGGACGGUGAAGAGGACGGUGGCGCUGAGGCGACAGAUGAAGACCUGUGUGGGACCACGUCACUGCUGUCAGAGAUGAGCAGCGUGUUCCAGAGGUUAUUGCCACAAGGCCUGGAUUCUUACGUCCAGGUCAACGAGAACCAGAAGGGAACGAGUCUGAGUGGCGUUGGUGUUCCCAUGACUGGGUCUUUAGACCGCAGGAGGGGCCAUCUCCCCGGCAAGCCCAGUCCCUCUGUGCACCAGCAGGGGGUGGCAGCCUGGGCUGCCAACACUCACUUUCAGAAUCCAGGUAGCAGCAUCGGAGGCUCCGCCCAGCACCAGGUAGGCAGCUACCACACCCUUAAAGCCAACAUCAAGCUCAGCUCCCACAGCAGCAGCCAGAAGGGCUCCCAGGCACCCAAAAACAGUCCCCAGAACAGCGGACACGCCCCCAAAGCUAACAGUAGCCUUGUGCUAACUGGUCUGGUCAGCCCCACGCUGGUGCACCCGUCCCUGGCUCCAGCUCCACUGCCAGCUCCAGUCACUGGGCUUCCUUCCAAAUGGCUGCCAGCCAUGGAGGAGAUCCCUGAGAACUAUGAGGAAGAUGAUUUCGACUCUGUCCUCAGCCACCUGCAGGGCAAACGCAGCGACAGUCGACACGAGCUGGUGGACGCCAGCGAGCUGGUGGCUGAAAUCAACAAACUCUUACAGGACGUCCGGCAGAGCUAGGACCUUUAUUUAUGGCCCCUCAGUCCUUCACGGGACCUAGAACAAUCCCGAGGUGUCAAAAAAGUCAAAAGCAACUAAAAAAUAGACGAAAAGAGAAACGAGACAUGAAACUGUCUUAAAGUUACAUUUCAGAUAAAUAACUGUGUUUUGUGAAUGCUAAAUAUCCAAAAAAAUGUUGGUUAAAUGCUGGUUUAGUACACAAUGUACAUGAUGUGGAAGUAUUUAUCUUUGUAUUUUAAAAAUACAUUUGUAUACCUUUAUUUAUAAAAGCCAUGUACAUAAAUGUAAUCAAAAGUCUAUUUUUAUAUUUAUUGCAUGUUGAGUACAAAAAUGUUGAAUCAAACUUUGACAUGCAACUGACAUUCUGCCUAUUUAAACCGUCUUUUGUAUUGUGAUUUUUUAAAUUUGUCCCUAUUAUAUGUGUACAUGGAUGGAUUAUUGGAUACUCUUCUCUGUGAUUUAUUGUGAGGAAGGUGACGUAGACGAAUAAAGUAUUAAAGAAAGA